AUGUCCAACCUUAUUGCGACCGUCCUUUUGGCCGUGAGCGCCCUGGCAGCGCUCUACCUCUACGCCAACAACAAGAGCCAGAAUGCAUAUCAAAAGCCCCUCCUUAAGCUUCCCCUUAUUAGUGAUCUUCAUAGCUCUCCGAUCGAGAAACCAUUGAUAAACUGGAGCGCUUGGUCUAAACAACACGGGCCGAUUACAGUUCCCAAGUUGUUUGGAAUUGUACCCAUUGUCGUACUCAAUUCGUACGAGGCCGUCACUGAACUUUUCAGUCGUCGCAGUCAAUGGUACAGCAACCGGCCGACUUCCGUAAGCAUGGAGAUGAUUACGGGGGCCGCCCCAGGCUGUUCUCGAUUUACGCUGAUGCACGAUUAUGACGACCAUCUCAAGCUCCAUCAUCGCAUCCUCUCACCAAGCCUGGGUGCGCCUGCAGCGGCCAAAUUCCAGCCGCUGAUGGAACUCGAGGCCAAGCAACUGCUCUUUGACCUCGCUACUGCCUUGAGGAAGUCCGCAGACGGUUCCACAAUCACUACGAAGACCAUCUACCCUUUACUCGAACGAACCCAAUCUAGCGUCAUUCUUGCCCUUCAUUAUGGCCUCCGCAUACCCAAAUUCGAAGAGCUACUUCUCCAUGAAGUUAUUGCCAUCCAAUCUAAAGUCACUCACCUUGCCGCAAAUCCUCAGCUUCCAGAUUUUGUGCCCUUCCUUCGUUACUUGCCCGCCUCCAUCUCCCCGUGGCAAAAAUAUGCUGACAAGCUCUACGCUUCUCAAGUUGACCUGUAUAUGCGCCUCUUUCGCCACGGUAAGGGCGCACCGGGUUGGAAUGCAACAAAGCAAGCUAUCACAACCGCAUCAAAACACGCUCCUGUGGACUCGCCAGUAUCAGAUCUCGAUCUUGCCUUCACGCUUGCGACAUCUAUCCAGGGUGGGAUGGAAACGUCACCGCGCCAAUUGCUUUGGCUCUUUGUCGCAGCUAUACAGAAUCCCGUUGUUUUGACCCGUGCGCAUGAAGUGCUAGACCAGUUCGUUGGUCGCGAACGGCUUCCUAGAUUCUCGGACCGGAAUAACCUCGUCUACGUUGACGCUGUCGCACAUGAACUGUUCCGCUGGCGGCCUAUCUCUCCAGGGUCUAUUCCACGGCGUGCGGACCGUACGGACGAACUCGAUGGCGUGAAGAUUGCCAAAGGCGUAACCAUCAUGGCAAACGCAUGGGCCAUUGGCCGCGAUGAGGUGGUUUUUGACGCUUCACUUGGUGACGCACAAGACUUUGUCCCUGAGCGCUGGUUACGUAAUGGAAAGCUUCGCGGUGACCUUCCACUUCCUGUGUUUGGCCAGGGUCGAAGGAUUUGCCAAGGAAAGCGUGUUGCUACAGACGGAACUUUCAUGAACAUCGCGCAUCUACUCUGGGCGUUCGAUGUAGAGGCUCUAGAGGGUGAGGAGGUGGAUCCGUGGGAGAUGAGAGUCGUUGGCUUCAUGACUGAGCCUAAGCCUUUCAAGUUCCGUCUCAAGCCUAGGGGAAAAUGGGUGCUUGAUGUGGUGAGUAAGGAAUGGGACAGUACCGAGAAGAGUUUAGAGGAGGUGAUGGGUAUUUCUCAUGACGUUGAGAAGUAG